AAAACAGUUUAAGGUUAGAGGUUAAAUCGGAUGUCAACUCAGAGUCAGAAUCAUAGAUAUAUAAUAAUUAUAGGUCUAUGCUCAGAAUAUAGAAUAGAAUAUGGAUGAACCACGAACGUACAGUAUUCUUUAUUCUAAGUUCAUUAGUCAGGUAGAAAAGAAAUCUAUGAUAGUUCUAUCCUCUAUGUGAUUAACUAAUUUUUAUCUGUGAACUCGAGUUACAGGGUGUUUCUGAAAAAUUACUGUCUCAAAUAUCUCGACAUACAUAUUUUGGAUUCUGUUUUAGAUAUUCGGAAAAUUCUAAACCUUAUGGUUUUUAUGGUUCAUAUGGAACUCAUGACAGAUCAUAGAAAUCAAUGACCUCUUUAGAGAUACAGAUGAGAGUAAAUGUUUCUUAAAUGGGACACCCUAUAUAUGAUAUAAUUACAAUCAUAUAGUGAACACAAAAUUAAUUGAAUCUCGAAAUAAAUGAAAAAUAUUAAUAUAUAAGGUGUCCCAUUUGAUUAGAAAUUAAUUAUUUUUUUAGAGAUAUAGAGGAUAUGUAACGGUUCGAUUUACACCAUUGGAUAUUUCGGUUGGUAGUACGCCCUCUGGAAGUUGAUUGUUGAUUCAACUCGGAAUGUUCCGUAUUAAUAUAAAUUUCAAUUUAUUGUGGAACACUUAUUUCCGGAUAAAUGAGGUCGAUUAUUAUUACCGUGGGGAAAUAUUUUAUAAUUUCUGGAUUUCUUGUAUUACUUUUCUUCUGUGUGGGAAGUUUCGUUUGACAACUGGUAGAUUCUGUGGUUAUGAAUGAUUGUCAGAAAUAGAGGUUAUCGGCGAUUGGAGAUAAUUUUGAGAGAAGUUUUUUUGGAAAGAAAAUUUGCCUGAUUGAAGAAUAUAUGAUCUAGAAUCAUCCUUGUUAUAGGCGAUUAUUUCUUCAAUUUGGGUAAUUCCCUGUAUGGUUUAUGGUAUUGUAAAUAAUUUUGGGAAAUACGUUUUAUACGUGAUUAGAAAGUUUUCUUCCACAAGGCCCAUCUCUGGUAUUGAAUUUUACUCUGAAGAUCUGAGAGGAUUCGCUUCCCGCUGAUAAGUUCGAACACCUGUUGAACACGAAGAAUAUCAAGAAGAUCCUUUUCCCUCGAACAAGAACUGAGAGGGUCCUAGUGCCUGGUUGGAUUUGGAAUCCUAGUGCCUGGAUAUCUUUGAAGAAUCCUAGUACCUGGAUAUUGUUGAAGAAUCCUAGUGCCUGGAUAUUUUUGGCAAUCCUAGUGCCUGGUUGAAUUGAAUAAUCCUAGUGCCUGGAUCACUGUUUGGAAUCCUAGUGCCUGGAUAUUAUUGAGAAUCCUGGUGUCUGGUUGAAUUUGAAGAGUCCUAGUGACUGAUUACGUUCAGGAGUUCUGGAGUCUGGUAUAUGGUAUGGUUUGAGGUUAUGGUACUUAUUUUCUGGUGAAUUUCUGGUGCAGUUCUGAUGUAUGAUACAUUCUGAUACAUGGUACAGUUCGAGUACAUAGUAUAUUGCUGACAUAUGGUGUAGCUCGAGUAGAUGGUACAUUCUACGUUUAGAGACCCCACCGUUUAGAUUUGCUGUCAACCUUCAAUAUUGAUUUUGUAUCAGGUAACCGGUGCUUGCACUGGCUUUAAUGAGUAUUGUACUGAGAUUUAAUUUUUGAAGUAACGAUUUAGUGUACUGAUAGUAAAUCAGUUAUUUGAAUAGGAGUUAACGGCUUUAUUAUUAAUUUUCUAUCCAUUGAUAGUUAGAUUGAAAUAUAUUGAAUAAAGGUUGUUUCAUGCUCAUUAUUUACUGUCGAAAUUGUAAACAGUUUGCGGUGAGGUGCACUUCACUAACUGGCCAUUUAUUUUAACAACUAUAAUACUUGUGUAUCCCUUCAGGAUUUGUGACUGGGAUUUAUUAUCACUUUAUUCAACCUGCUAUUUUAUACCAGCCAGUUAUUACAACCACUGUAUUUGUAUAUUCCUUCUGGAUUUGUGGUUUAGGUCAAUCUUCUUGUUUACUUGGUUAUUUUUCUGGUUUAGUAUCUGGUAUAUUUGGAGUUUGUUGAACUCCGUUUACGUUUAGUUUUGGUACUGAGGUACUGAAGUUUUAGGUUAAGCCUUAGCCAAGUGUAGGCUAAUUAAGGAUUCUGUUGUCAGGAUUAGGUUAGGUAUUAUAGGUUAUAGGAAGCCCUUCUGGUAUUUGUUAGUAUUAGGUAAAGUUUUUGGGAAGCCCUUCUGGCUCUUGGUAACUUUGAGAAUUCCUUUUUUUUUAUUUUUUUAUUAUCAACCACUGCAUAAAUUUUAAUUUUAUUAAACGUUUGACUUGAGUGAUUUGUUUUACUGCUACUCUGGUAGAGGAGUACGCAAGUUAUUCUUAAGACAGGCAUAUCUCUACCUGGCGCCCAUUAUUACCUUCCAUCUAAUUUUGAAGAACUCACUCCCAUCUUCACUGAGUGUAGUCGCGAGCCGAAUUUAGCCUUGUGACCGGCUUACUCAAGGUCGACACGUCACAGAUAUUAUGACUUAAUUACGAUCAAUGGACAUAAAAUGAAUUAAAUCUCGAAAAAAAUGAGAAAUAUUCAUAUACAAGGUGUCCCAUAAAAAUAUGAAGUCGGAAAACUGAAUAUCUUUGAAACGGAUGACAUUUUUGAGAUAUUGAAAUUAUGUUCCACCAAAUGAUUACCCAAGAAUCAAUUUCGAUUAUAAUCUGAAAUCACAAACCAGAACCUGCAUAUUCUGCACGGUCCCCGAGUUCAAAUUUCGCAGAAUACAACAUUCCCAAUAUAAAAAACCCAUUUCACGGUGUUUACACAAAGUGCAUUCUUAUGAAAGUUACAAUUAAUUGAAUCUCGAAAUAAAUAAAAAAUAUCAAUAUAUAAGGUGUCCCAUUUAAUUAGAAAUUGAUUAUUGUUUUAGUGAUAUAUGUUCUUAUAUGUUCUUGUCAAAGGAAAAGCAUCUAUAACGAACGAUGUGGGGCAAAAAGAAUAUUUGUAUGUUGGUGCAGUAUAUGGGGAACAGGAAAUAUUGGCGAAAUUGUAUAGAUCCGCCACAAUGACAGCGGAAACAGAAUGUAUAGUGUGGCAGCUUAAUAGAUACGAUUUCAAACUUGCUGUAAGAAAAAUGAACUAUGUUCCCAAAAACAAAAAGUUCCUCAGAUCGAUAGCUAUGUUUCGGAAUUACUCUGAAGAAAUGCUAGAUAAAAUAGAAGAGGAGCUGGAAGUAGCUUAUUUUGACACCGAUGAUAUAAUUCCAUUGACGACAGAUAAUAUACAAAUAGUUUCAAGCGGCCAUUUGAAACUAAUUGAGAAGGAAUCAGGUGAGAUUGAUGCAAAGAAAAUAGGGAGAAAAAUAGUUAAGAUUUUUAAAAAAGGUGAUUGUUUCGAUGAUGGAAUCGAAGGCGAAUUGUCUGCGUUCUUUCCAGGAUCGGAAUGCAUCAGAAUUCGAAAAGAUGUGUUGUCUGAAUUCAAGGACAAUGAUGAAGUGAAUUGUCAGAAAAAAAAGAACGUUGGGGAAAUCGUAGAAGAUGAAGAUUCUGAGAUAUUUUCAGAAUAUGGCAACAUAGAACUGGAAGAUCUCGAUCCUGUAACAAUCAUUGGAACUGGUUCUUAUGGAACAGUAUCACUGGUCAGAUACACAAAAGCAUCUAAUGUCAGUUUCGCCUUAAAGAAGAUCGAAAAAGCAGGUAUGGUCAGACGAAAUCAACAGGAUCAUUCACUCAAUGAAAGGGAGUUACUGAUGACCAUAAAAAGUCCUUUCAUUACAAGAUGUUAUAGAACCUUUCGGGAUGAUAGAUACGUGUACUUCCUUUCUGAGGUUUGUUUGGGUGGAGACAUUAUGAGGAUCUUAGGCAGAUACAUUUAUUUUGACGAAGAUGUUGCACGUUUCAUCUGCGCGUGUGUGGUUGAGGCUUUAGAGUAUUUGCACAACCGGCAAAUCAUGUACAGGGAUUUGAAACCCGAGAAUCUUGUUAUUGACAGAAAUGGUUAUAUCAAAUUGACGGAUCUGGGACUCUCCAAAUAUGUAGGAUACACUGGUAAAAGUUACUCAUUUUGCGGAACUUAUCCCUAUUUCACCCCUGAAAAUGUUCUCAACACUGGUGCCGAUCACGGUGUGGAUUUUUGGACAUUGGGAGUACUCAUUUAUGAACUUGUGACCGGAGAGUUGCUUUUUGGUGAAGAAAACCGACUUCAAGUGUAUGAUGCUAUCUUGGGUGGUGUAGAGCAGGUAUUUUUUUCUGGAAUAAUCAGAGGUUCUAGCUCUGAAGAUUUGGUAAAAAAGCUUUGCGUUAGAGAGCCUUCUAAAAGGAUUGGAUACCGUGAUAUGAAUGAAAUAAAGACUCAUCGGUGGUUCCAAGAUUUUGAUUGGAAUGGACUAAAAUCUCUCUCUCUACCUGCCCCAAAGAUACUGAUUCCACUAUUGAGGGAUUCCUUUGACCCCACUCAUUUUGACUCUUUCGAAAUUCAAGAGGAGAUUCCACGUAAAGAGGUCAGCAACUGGGACUACGAGUUUUAAUAAAUAUUUAUAUUGAUGCUAAGAGAUUUUUCUCUUGAAAAUAAGUGAUUGUGAUAUUAUUCAGUAUUUUUUUAUGAAUAAUCCUCAUAUUAUUUUGUUUAUACUCUUUGUUAGUUUUAUUCUGAUAUUUUUAUAUUGAUUCAAUGUUUUUCAGAUUUGUGAAACUCACUUUUUGAGUUGCUUUUUGUUUUAGAGAAGUUAACAUGAACUUUUCAUUAAAAAUGUGUUGUAUUUUAUAAAUUCAAGUACUGAAUUACUCAAGGAAUAAAAACGUAAUAUCU